GAGCAAGCAUGGCCGCGUGAAGAGGGGCAACAGAGCCACUACCGCCAUGACUGUAACGCACUUCCUACCCCGAAUAUGACGAGGAAAAAAAAGAAACUGGCAAUAACAAACCUAUUUGCACACGUGGAUUACUUCCCAGACCCGUUGGACUUUCUCCUCGUCUACACUUCGUCCUCACACCAUCCUGAACAUUCGAGCCUUUGGAGAGCAACCCACCCCCGCUGACCAUGCAACGGGCUUUCCUCUCGCUCAUCCUGACUGCUGCACACAUUUCUGUGAUGGUGGACUGUAGACCGAGGCACCAACGUCCACAGCUACAACACAAGAUGGGUGGAUUCAGACCUGCGGCACAUGCAGAGAUGUCUGCUGGUGCGGGGCGUUUCUCCUCCGAGGACAACGGAUCCGUGAGAAACGGUUUUCACACGGGCCGUCCGGUCGUCCUGCCCACAUUAGACGCCCCAGACACAUCUGGGUCAGUCUCUGACGUGAGGAGGAAGGGAUUCCUCUGCAUAGGAGAGCUUUAUAAGUCUAGGCAACGGGGCAGGAAGGAUUGUCUCUUCCAGCACAUCUGGUUGCAGCUGGCAAACCAACAUGUGUUUUAUUCUACAAGUGGAAACCAGCUGAUGGAACUGGGUGGAGGUGACCUACGUCUCCUGCUGGAAAGGCUCCUUCAUCCCAGGAGGCAGAAGAGAAGUGAGGUGGUGAACCCAGCUGAUCCUCUGAAAUCAGAAUCACAUCCUGUGAAGGACAAUGAUCAGAGCCAGCCUGAACAGGAACAGACGGGCGCCGUGUCCAAAGAAACCAUCUCAUCUUGUGACGACCCUCUGAGGGUCUUAAGGUCCAACGGGCCUGGCAGUCCUGUCAAAACCAACAUUGCAGACCAGGCAGAACAAUAGAAAGACAGAAGGAAAGAAAGAGAACUUAUGGGGUUGUCAAGUAAAAAAGGGAUGAAAGUGAGUGAAGGCAUCCUGGGGUGAACCCUCCCAGGCGGUAAAGGAGGCCCUGACGGAUCUGGGAGAGCUAACCAAACCUCAUCUCUGUACCAUCUGACCACAGUGGUGCGUUCAGGGCCUCUGUUUGACUAGCAGGUGGAAGAUAAGUUUGAAAACAUUCAACAAAAAAGUUGUCCUGCAGUCCUUUAACCUCCAUUGUCUGUUAAAAUGUAAUCCAUCAAAGCAGACGAGGCAAUGUUUGUUUCCCAAAAGUGAAAAUGUGUAAUCUAUUAGUAACUGAGAAGUAACUUAUCAUUGGGUACGGUUAAAAAAAUUAAUUCAAGGAAAAAAAGAAAAGAAAAUCUUUUUAUGGGAAAAUGAUCAGGUGCUGGACACCAAAAGUCACAUCCAUCCAUCCAUCCAUCCAUCCAUCCAUCCAUCCAUUUUCAUCCGCUUAUCUGGAGUCGGGUCGCGGGGGCAGCAGCCUAAGCCGAGAGGCCCAGACUUCCCUCUCCCCAGCCACUUGGGCCAGCUCCUCCGGGGGAAUCCCAAGGCGUUCCCUGGUCAGGUGAGAGACAUAGUCCCUCCACCGUGUCCUGGGUCUUCCCUUGGGUCUCCUCCUAGCUGGGAGUGCCUGGAAAACCUCACCAGGGAGGCGUCCUGACCAGAUGCCCGAGCCACCUCAACUGACCAAAAGUCACAGCAAUGACAAAUAUUUAUUUAUUAAGGCGUGUUUCAUGAAUUCUACUCUAGCUUGAAGUUAUCUUCACAUUUUACGAUGUGUUCUUACUGUGAA